AUGACGCGUGAGUCCCAGAGAAGAGUGGACUUGGGAGUGGAGUUGAAGGUACUUGGGAGUGGCAUGGAUGGAUCGUAUGAACCUUCAAUAUCUGAUAUUGGUUUGGUGUCCCAAAGUUCGAUAAAUGAAAGUGACUGUAAUGAAAUGCAAUAUAAGGGAGUUCGGUAUGAUAAGUUGUCUACAGAAGAUCUUAAAGGCCAGGAGUUUAAGAUUAUAGAGGAAGCUAAGUCCUUUUACAAUGCUUAUGCAAAGGCCAUAGGUUUUGAAGUUAGAAGUGACUACAAGAGAUUAAGUAUACGCAUAAUAGGGAGAGUCACUUCAUUGCAAUUGGUUUGUUCUGCUCAAGGGAAAAGAAGAGAAGAGUACAUGAGUAACAAGAAAAGAGUUCACAAGCCAAAGAAAGAAACAAGAUUCAAUUGUCCAUGCUUGUUCAAAGUAAGGGAAGGCAGCAUUGAACCAGCAACAUCAUCCACGGAGUACUUCAACAAGGAGAAAACUGACUGA